GAGGGGAGGGGACUGCACGGCGCAGGAUCAUGGAUUUUCCAGGACAUUUUGAGCAAAUCUUUCAACAGCUAAACUACCAGCGUCUUCAUGGUCAACUUUGUGACUGUGUCAUUGUGGUGGGGAACAGGCAUUUCAAAGCCCAUCGCUCUGUUUUGGCAGCAUGCAGCACACAUUUUCGAGCUCUCUUUACUGUGGCAGAGGGAGACCAGACCAUGAACAUGAUCCAGCUGGACAGUGAGGUAGUAACAGCUGAGGCCUUUGCUGCUCUGAUUGACAUGAUGUACACCUCCACACUCAUGCUUGGAGAGAGCAAUGUUAUGGAUGUCUUGCUGGCAGCUUCUCACUUACAUUUGAACUCUGUUGUUAAAGCAUGUAAACACUACCUUACUACAAGGACGCUGCCAAUGUCGCCACCUAGCGAUAGAGUUCAAGAACAAAAUGCACGCAUGCAAAGAUCUUUCAUGCUUCAGCAGCUUGGACUGAGUAUAGUGAGCUCUGCAUUAAAUUCCACCCAGAGCGCAGAGGAACAACAAAAUACUAUGAGCUCAUCAAUGAGAAGUAACAUAGAACAACGCACUACUUUUCCGAUUCGGCGUCUCCACAAACGGAAACAGUCUUCUGAAGACCGGGCCAGACAGCGAAUCAGGCCUACCAUAGACGAGUCCAUCAUUUCAGAUGUUGUCCCAGAGAGCGGGCAGUCGGUAGUUCAUUCACGGGAAGAAUUUUUUUCACCAGAUUCACUGAAGAUUGUGGACAAUUCUAAAGCUGAUGUUGUGACUGAUAAUCAAGAGGAUAACACCAUUAUGUUUGAUCAGUCUUUUGGUCCCCAAGAAGAUGCCCAAGUGCCCAGUCAGUCUGACAACAGUGGAGGAAACAUUUCGCAAAUGUCCAUGGCAUCUCAAGCAACACAAGUGGAAACUAGCUUUGACCAAGAAGCUACUUCUGAGAAAAACAACUUUCAGUGUGAAAAUCCAGAGAUCAGUCUAAAUGAAAAAGAACAUAUGAGGGUGGUGGUUAAAUCCGAGCCCUUGAGUUCCCCAGAGCCUCAAGAUGAAGUGAGUGAUGUCACUUCCCAAGCAGAAGGCAGUGAGUCUGUUGAAGUGGAAGGAGGAGGAGUCAGUGCAGAAAAGAUAGAACUGAGUCCGGAAAGUAGCGAUCGUAGCUUUUCUGACCCCCAAUCUAGUACUGAUAGGGUUGGUGACAUCCAUAUUUUGGAGGUGUCGAAUAACCUGGAACACAAGUCUACUUUCAGUAUCUCAAAUUUUCUGAAUAAGAGCCGAGGUGGCAAUUUUGGUGCUAAUCAAAAUGAUGACAACAUUCCAAAUACAACCAGUGACUGCAGAAUGGAUGGAGAUGCCUCUUAUUUAAUGAGUCCAGAGUCUGGGCCUACUAAUGGCCAUUCCUCUGCUACUGUCUCUCAUGUGGAGAAUCCAUUCAAUGAACCUGCAGACUCUCACUUUGUUAGACCUAUGCAGGAUGUAAUGGGUCUUCCAUGUGUACAGACUUCUGGAUACCGGGCAGCAGAACAGUUUGGGAUGGACUUUCCAAGGUCUGGCUUGGGACUACACUCUUUAUCAAGGGCAAUGAUGGGCUCUCCAAGAGGUGGAGCUAGUAACUUUCCCGGCUACCGUCGCAUAGCCCCCAAAAUGCCUGUUGUGACCUCUGUUAGGAGCUCCCAAAUGCAAGAUAGUACAUCUAAUUCCCAGUUAAUAAUGAAUGGGACCAGUUCCUCUUUCGAAAAUGGGCAUCCUUCCCAGCCUGGUCCACCACAGUUGACCAGGGCAUCUGCUGAUGUUCUUUCAAAAUGUAAGAAGGCCUUAUCUGAGCACAAUGUCUUGGUUGUAGAAGGUGCUCGCAAAUAUGCCUGUAAAAUCUGCUGCAAGACUUUCUUGACCUUAACAGACUGUAAGAAGCACAUCCGUGUGCACACAGGAGAAAAGCCUUAUGCCUGUUUAAAGUGUGGCAAACGGUUCAGCCAGUCCAGCCAUUUGUAUAAACAUUCCAAAACUACUUGCCUCCGGUGGCAGAGCAGCAACCUGCCCAGCACUUUGCUUUAA